AUGUCUAGCGCAACAGCGCACCUUGUACCUAUUUCAGCCCACGUGUCGUCAUCAGUCUGCGUCGCUACCCAAGCGUGCUUUCCGCCCAUUAACUUUAUCUAUGGCCACUUCCACAAUUCUAUUCGGGCCGAACUCCAUCUCCUGGCGGAUAGGGUUCGGUCCUUGGAGGUCCCGGCUGAAGGCGUGGAGUUAAUGCUCAGCGACCUGCGCGAGCGCUACAAGUUUCUUGAGCAAGUUUAUAAGUAUCAUAGCACAGUGGAGGAUGAGGUGUUAUACCCAGCGCUGGAUGCCAAGGUCCGGAAUGUCACCCUGGCUUACAGCAUUGAACACCAGGAUGAGGAGAUUCUCUUUGAGCAGCUAAGUCAGCUGCUAACAACCGCUCUUGAGGAGUCCGAGAGCAAACGGAAGGGAACAAUAAGGGCGCUGAUCUGCAAGGUCGAAGAGAUCCACACGACGCUCAGGAAGCACUUGGCAAAGGAGGAGGAGCAGCUAUUGCCGCUUUUGCUGCAGCACUUCUCGUUUGCUGAACAGGCAGAGUUGGUCGCACAAUUUCUCUACAGCAUUCCCCUCGAGACUGUGGAGCGAGUAUUGUCACAGCUGAAGCCCCGCAUCCCUAGGGACGAGCAAGAGCACCUUCUAGUCGAAAUCAGGAACGUUAUACCCGACAACCUACUUUCCCAGCUUCUGAUGACUUGGCUGCGGCCUGCGGCGGAAAUGAACCUGCCGCAUACGAACGUUAGCAGACAGGAACGGCCUGCAGACUUCGUUUGCUGUGGCAAUCGGAGCGCUUGCAUGUACAUGUCCUCCUCUCGCGCCCUUCCAGCCGCCAUGAUGCCUGACAGUGACCGUGCUACAAAUACAUCUCACCCAGCGAGCAGCAGCAGCAGCAGCGGUGCCGCACGUCGCGCACCUCUGCAAGAUAUUAUACAUUUUCACCGCAUCAUCUGUUCUUCGCUCGCUGAUUUCGCCCGGGAGGCACGUGCAUUGCAGCUAGGACGGGACGUCACGGCCGCGCACCUGUCGGCACUGCUGGAGCGCCACCGCUUCCUGCGCUCCGUGUACGUGUUUCAUUCCAUCAGCGAGGAAGAGGUGCUGUUUCCAGAGGUGCAGCGCCUGGCGGCAAAUGUGGGCGGCCGGGCAGCGCAUCAGUGCGAGAAGGACCACCAGGCGGAGCUGUCCAGCUUUGAGGAUCUGGGACGCAUGCUGGCGGACGUGCGCUCCUUCGCCAGGCGCGGCCGCAAGGUUGCCUCUAUGCUGGAGAAGCUGUGCUGUAGCGCGGAGGCUGUCCACGCGUCCAUUCAGCAUCACAUGCAGCGCGAGGAGACGGAUGUGUUUCCGCUGCUUGAGAUGCACCUGUGCGAGGCGCAGCAGAGGAUGCUGGUGUACCGCACCAUCCGUGCAAUGCCGCUGCGGCUGCUGGAGAGGGUGAUGCCCUGGGUCGUGAGCGGCCUGGACGACGUCGCUGCGGCUUCGCUGCUUUCCAACAUCCGGCUGGGGGCCCCCCCCGGUGACUUGCCCUUGGUGGAGCUGCUGUCGCGCUGGGCGCGACGCGGCCGGCCAAGCACGGUACCGCUGGGGGCCCCGGAGACAGGGCCACGCGCAUGUAUUGGCCCACUGGCGGCUCCAGGGGAAAAGAGGACAGCGGCUGCUGGUGCUGGGGCGUGCGGCAUGGAAUGCGAUUCGUACGGGACGUACGGCCUUGCCGAGAUGGAGCUGAGCACUGCACCACGGGCGCUGUUGCGGAAUCAAAGGCGCGAAUCCCAGGACGGACCGACAGUUGGCGCCACACCCCCUUCUGGUGCGUGUUGUGUGUCCAAGCAGCGUAAAUUGGACGAUGGUCAGGUCGCCGGAGGUCAAUGCGAUUGCGCCUGCGACGACGGGGCGGGCCGCGGCGGGAGUGGAGGCGGCUACAACCCGAUUGAUCACAUAUUCCAGUUCCAUAAGGCCCUUCGCCAGGAGCUGAAGCAGAUGGAAGCUGAUGCGAUGCGCCUCGAGCACUUGGUGCUGGCGUGGGGCAUCUACCGGGCCCACAGCAAGUCCGAGGACGAGAUCGUGUUCCCCGCGCUGGAGGCCAAACAGGCUUUGCGCAAUGUCAGCCACGCCUACACGCUAGAUCACAGGCAGGAGGAGCAGCUUCUCCCUGACGCCAUGCCGCCCGACAAAUCUCCCACUUCAACCAACAUUGCCUUCUACCACUCCAAUGGCCCCUCCUCACGCCGUCAGGCCAUUGACCAGUUCCGCGCGGUGGACCUGCUGAAGCCCGGCCACGAGGAGGAGCUGUCCCGGCAAGUGAUGGGCGUACGGCGCAUGUGUGCCGCCAUCCGGGCCUCCCUGGAGACCCACAUCAGGUCGGAGGAGAGUGAGCUGUGGCCACUUUUCACGGAACAUUUUAGCCGCGAGGAGCAGCAGUACCUGGUCGGGGUCAUCAUUGGCCGCACGGGCGCGCAGGUGCUGCAGGCGCUGCUGCCCUGGGUGUCAGAGACGUUCAGCGAGGAGGAGCGCGAUGCGAUGAUGGACUCUCUGCGCGCAGCUACCCGCAACACCAUGUUCGACCAGUGGCUGGAGGCGGUACAGGGGGGCGCGGGGGCGGACGGGUCGAGCGCAGGGGGCCCCUCCAACGCGCCCUCUGCCGGGACAAGCAGCCACGGCCAGGGAGCUGUGGCGGACAACACGUCUUUCCGCCCUGGCUGGGAGGACAUCUUCCGGAUGAACCAGCAGCAGCUCGAGGCGGCUAUCCACAGGGUGUCCAAUGACCCGUCCCUGGAGCCCGAGCGCAAGGCAUACCUCAUGCAAAACAUCAUGGUGUCAAAGUACAUCGUUGCACAGCAGCGCAGGAUGGCAAAAUGUCCGGCUGUGGACGCCAUUAUCCACCGCACGUGUCACGAUGCUGCGGCCGGCAUCCUGGGCUGCCAGCACUACCAGCGAAAAUGCCAGCUUGUCGCGCCCUGCUGCGGGAAGAUCUUCACUUGCCGGUUGUGCCAUGAUGCGGCGUCCGACCAUCGAAUGGACCGCUAUGCCGUCACCGAGAUGCGCUGCAUGAUGUGCGGCACACGGCAGCCGGUUGGGGCCGUCUGCCGCUGCUGUAGCACAACAAUGGCGCGUUACGUGUGCAACAUUUGCCACCUUUUUGAUGACGAGCCGGGCAAGGAUAUCUACCACUGCCCCUUCUGUAACGUCUGCCGGCGCGGGCGCGGGCUUGGCGUGGACUUCUUUCACUGCAUGAACUGCAACGCCUGCAUGAGCCUAACGCUGUUCAGCAGCCAUAAAUGCCGCGAGAAGUGCAUUGAGGGCAACUGCCCCGUCUGCCAUGAGGCGCUGUUUGAUAGCAGCCAGCCAAUCAAGGAGCUGCCUUGCGGGCACUUUAUGCACAGCAGCUGCUUUCUCACGUACACUCGAUACAACUACACCUGCCCACUGUGCUGCAAGUCCGUCGGCGACAUGUCGGUGUACUUUCAGAUGUUGGACUCGCUGCUGGCUUCGGAGAGGCUGCCGCCAGAGUACUCAGGCCGCAUGCAGCAGGUGCUCUGCAACGACUGCGGCAAGAUGGGCUUUGCGCCUUUCCAUUUCGUGUACCAUUCCUGUCCGCAUUGCCGCUCCUACAACACACGCGUGUUGUAA